AUGGUCCUCAAGGAUAUGAGCUACAUCUACCCGGCGUAUCCAAUCAUCUGCGCCUUUUGUUCCCUCCUCGUCCUGUUCCCCAUCCCAGCCCAUUGGCGCGCCGGCAACAUUGCGACGAUUGCGGCCGGUUUCUGGACAUUUGGUAUCCUCAUCAUCGUCACCGUGAAUCCCAUUGUCUGGCAUGGCAAUCUCCGAAAUCCGUAUCCAAUCUGGGGCGACAUUUGCGCUGCCUGGAUUGCCGUCUACGGCUUUGCCCUUGCCUGCUGCAUCCUGUGCAUCCAGUAUCGUCUUUGGAGUAUUGCAAGGACAAAGCGAGUACUCGUUACACCAAAGGAGAAAACAAAGCAGAAAUACGUGACCUACUUCAUCUGCUACGGGAUGCCGAUCAUCUUCAAGGUCAUUCACUAUGUCAACCAAGGCCACCGCUACAAUGUCAUCGAGGAUAUCGGUCCGGUCGCCACCCAGUACAUGACCCCUGUUGCGUUGGCCACCAUCUUUUCCUUUGAGCCCAUCGUCUGCCUCAUCACGGCCGUUUUCUCCGGUCUGACGAUCCGACUCUUCCUCAAGCGUCGCAAAGAAUUUGACGCCGUCCUCGCGAGCGGCUCCAACACCAACAAGGGUCGCUAUUUGCGCCUGCUUUGCCUCUCUGCCGUAUCCAUCUCUGUUCACCUCCCGCUCGCGCUAUGGUACCUCGUCGUCAACUUUACCGCGUAUAAGAUUUAUCCCUGGAAGAGCUGGGAGGAUACGCAUUCCAACUGGAUGCGCAUCGUGUACCUGUCGCGCUUCAUGUUGGGUCUCACACCAAACGCCAAUAUUUACAUGUCCAUCUCGUUCUGGACGUUGCCCGUGUGUGGCAUCAACUUUUUCAUCUUCUUCGGCUUCGGAGAGGAAGCAACGGCCCAGUACAAGUCAAUCAUCGGUGCCAUCCUCAAGCCGUUUGGCAUUCGCUACCCAAAGGACCGCAAGCGAGUUACCGUUCGUCGGACAUGGCUCGAUGUGAUCCUUGGUCGCCCAGGCAAGCCGGUGAAUCUCACGAGCUCCAUGACCACGAGCUCGAUGCCACAGUUUGUCUCGAACCCGUCUAACUCGCAAUCUGCGGAUCAGAGCAAAACUGCAUCGAAGCGAUCGAAGAAUGCUAAAAAGUCGACGUCGGGACAUCACAAGCAUCAUGCCCCGACCGAGACACGGACGACAACGCAAACGACGAGCAUUGCUGGCCGCGGCAACGAUCUCAACUUGGAUAUCGCCAACCUCGACUUUUUGGACCAGGCCGAGGCCAGGAAGCAGGCUCGUAUCUCUGCGUACACACGACCCGGUCAGGCUGCAAGGAGACAAGCGGUCAAGGCUGGUGCCGCGCCAGCCGGACGACGCCGUGCGCCGAGUUUUGGGUCGAGUGUCGGCUCAUCCGACGAAGAAGAAGAGACCACUCAACAACAGCAGUCACAGCAGCCUGCCAUUGAUAAUGCACAAGUAGAGCCAAAGGCUGACGAGGAAGACUCAUCGGAUGCCGAGACUGGCUCUUCGUGCUCUUGCUCGUCUUGCUCGUGCUCGUCGUGCAAUGAAGACUCGGAUACGGAAGAGAAGAAUACCAAAGACAUUACCGAGAUGCCGCGCUACUCGAGCGAUGGCAAGUUUACAGAAGGCUCCUCUGUUACAGGCUCCAAUGUCAACGAAAAGCGACCGGAGGUCCGAUUUGAAGACAAAGAGGAGCGCGAUAUCGAGGCGGGUGCCGAAGCGGGCCCGUCUGCUGGCGAGCUCUACCGACAAGAGCAACUUAGACGAUGGCCGGAUGCGACAGAAGAGAUUACAUUCUAA